AUGCAUGUCACAGAAGCUUUGCGCGUACAAGUCGAAGUUCAGAAAACACUUCAUGAACAGCUCAAGCUUCAAAAGGUCAUCCAGCUCAAUUUGGAGCAAAACGGAGAGUACUUGCGAAGGAUUUUGGAAGACCAACAUAAAGCUGGUGUGGCCUUGCCAUCAUUGAUGGGCUCCCAUUCGAACCCUCAACCGAUAACUCUUUCUUCAUCCGAUGGUGCAUCCUCACCAAAACAAUACGACUUUGAAGUUGACUGCUUUCCAUCGCUACUGUCAAAGCAUAAAGCCUCUCACACUACUGAAUCAGAGCAGCCAAGAUGUCAUAAAAAACCCCGGCGAUCAAGCAGUGUGGAAAUAAUUUCCAUCGAUUCUCCGGCCGAAAGUGUGGAAGGCUGAUAGUUCACUACCCAUAAAAUCUCUAUAUCAUGAUUGAAACCCUUUGUGAUUAUUUGCAAGUAUCGGCUUGUAUAUAUGCCUUUAUUCUGGAGCCAAGAAUCAGGAUUGCCUUGGGCUUCUUAUCCCUUUUGGCUGGAAUAUGCCAUCCUAGCUUUAAGUCUCUGCAUUCCUUAAUCACUUUUUUUUCCUUGA